AUGGAAGAAGACAGGAUCGACUUCACAUUUUUCCAUGGUGGUUUUAGAUAUGCCGUCAAAUGUAUAAUCACGAAUUCGAUGGACCCCAACGAAUUUCGUGAAAUGGAGGAAGAACUCUCAGAGAGCUCUCCAUUCUAUACCGUGGGCAUCAUCGUAGGCCCUUCGCUCCCCACUGAUGCCUACGGUUGGCAAGAAUCGAGGUAUAAUAUCCUCAUCGCCCGUCCGACAGAGUUUGUCGAUAAAGUGAGGGGGUAUCGACCUCAAACCAAUUUGGUGGAGAGGUUGAGGCAGGCGAGAGAGCGAGACUAUGAACAUGUCCUUGCAGAG